AUGAUUAAUUUAGCGGAAUCAGGGGCAAGCCUGGCUGCGAUUAUGAAGCAUUCUCUGUUUCGUACGGAGCAGAGUUUACUGGCAGAACUGGAUGCUAUUAUGGGGAAGAAGGGGACGAGGAUCAUCAUUUGGAACCUUAGAAGCUACAAAAGUGCAACGGAGUUUGAUUUUGAGAAGGAUAAAUAUGACAUCAGAAUUCCAGAGGAUUUAGAUGAGACAACAGGGAAGAAAGGGUACAAGAAGCAAGAGAGGAUGGACCAAAUCGCCCCAGAAAGUGACUACUCCCUGCGGGCUUACUGCAGUAUAUUAUAUCUAAAGCCAAGAAUGCAGAUCAUCUUACGUGGACAGAAAGUGAAGACACAACUAGUUUCGAAGAGUCUUGCUUACAUUGAGCACGAUGUUUAUCGACCAAAGUUUCUAACGAGAACAGUGAAAAUUACUUUCGGAUUCAACUGCAAAAAUAAAGAACAUUAUGGGAUAAUGAUGUAUCAUAAAAACAGACUCAUCAAAGCUUAUGAAAAAGUUGGAUAUCAGUUAAAGGCAAACAACAUGGGUGUUGGAGUGGUGGGAAUUAUAGAGUGUAAUUUCCUAAAGCCAACUCAUAAUAAGCAAGAUUUCGACUAUACUAAUGAGUACAGGCUUACAAUACUAGCACUGGGAGAUAAACUGAAUGAUUACUGGAAUGAAAUGAAAGUGAAGAAAAAUGCAGAAUACCCUCUAAAUUUGCCUGUUGAAGAUAUACAGAAGCGUCCUGAUCAGACAUGGGUUCAGUGUGAUUCCUGUCUAAAGUGGCGAAAAUUACCGGAUGGGAUAGAGCAUCUCCCAGAGAAAUGGUAUUGCUCCAAUAACCCUGACCCGCAGUUCAGAAAUUGUGAUGUUCCAGAAGAACCUGAAGAUGAAGAUUUGGUGCAUCCGACUUAUGAAAAAACCUACAAGAAGAGAGACAAGGACAGAUUCAGGAUCAGACAACUGGAGAGGAUCCCUCAGAUUGAUACUGAACUGUUGUUUCGAACAAUUUCUUUGCCAAGUCAAAGUUUUUCUCCCGCGAAGGACAGUGUUCCAAGAGGACAUAGUUCUGAACCAGCGACCACUUAUGCAGCAAGACUUGUAAACAACAGGAGCUCACCCCAGGCUGAGCCUGAGAGCAACAGCAUGAAACGGAGACUUUCUACUCCUCGUUCCUCAAUUUUGAAUGCCAAGACUCCGAGGUUGAGUAAUCAAGCAUUUGAAACUCGAGCUUAUAAAGAGGAUGAUGAAGAUGUCAUCAUCCUAGAAGAAAACAGUACUCCCAAGCCCGCCGUAGAGCAUAAUGCUGCAGCGAGACCAGAACAGAGUGACAUCGAGCAAAAUACUGUUCAGGAUCAGCCUAUGGGUGACUGCGAAUCUUGUGACCAGACGAGUUCAACAGGCACCUUGCCAUCCAGGUGUGAGCAAGCAACUGCUGUGGCCACCCAGACUGAAGUCCCAGGCCUGGUGGUUAAAAAGGAAGAAACUAUUGAAGAUGACGUCAAUUCAAGAAACGAUACGGCUGCACCGCCAUCCUGUGUGGAAGCUGAAGCGAAGGCACAGGAGGCGCCAGAGACCUUUGAUAAAGCUGUGGGUGAUGCUGGGUGCCAGAUAAAUGAACUGAGAAAUGAGCUGCUGCUAGUUUCCCAAGAAAAAGAAGAUUAUAAAAGACAAUGUCAUGUGUUCACUGACCAAAUCAGGCUGUUACAACAGAGGAUACUAGAAAUGAAUGACAAAUACGUGAAGAAGGAAACUUGCCAUCAAUCUACUGAAACCGAUGCUGUGUAUUUACUUGAAAGUAUUAAUGGCAAAUCUGAAAGUGUAGACCACAUGGUAUCUCAGUAUCGGCAAGCUCUGGACGAAAUAGAAAGGCUAAAAAAACAGUGCAGUGCUUUGCAGCACGUUAAGCAUGAAUGUAGUCAGUGUUCCAAUAAUGACAGUAAGAGCGAGGUGGAUGAAAUGGUUGUGCAGCUUGAUGAUGUAUUUAGACAGCUGGACAAGUGCACUGUUGAGAGGGACCAGUAUAAAAGUGAGGUUGAAAUACUGCAAAUGGAGAAAUCACAAAUUCGUUCACAGUGUGAAGAACUGAAAACUGAAAUUGAACAAUUAAAAUCUGCAAAUGAACACAGAGGAACAGAUGUUUCAACUUCCAGUACUAUCGAAGAGUCUGUAAAUUACGCUGAUGGGGAAAGCUUCAAACUGCGAUCUCUCCGAGUUAAUGUGGGACAACUGCUGGCCAUGAUUGUACCUGACCUCGAUCUGCAGCAAGUGAAUUACGACGUUGAUGUCGUCGAUGAGAUUUUAGGACAAGUUGUUGAACAAAUGAGUGAAAUCAGUAGUUCUUAG